AUGGAUCUGGCUACGAGUUAUGCGGACGACCUGGAGGAGGAUUCAAAGCAGUUUCAGAGGGACAACAACCGGCUUAUUUCGUCGAAUCGCGGCACAGCGGCUCAACGCUUGCCGACUUGGAAGGAGCGGGAGAAUAACAAACGGAGGGAGAGGAGACGACGCGCCAUAGCAGCCAAGAUCUUCUCCGGCCUGCGCACCUACGGAAACUACGAUCUGCCGAAACAUUGCGACAACAACGAGGUGCUCAAGGCAGUGUGCAAAGAGGCCGGCUGGAUUGUCGAGGAGGACGGCACGACUUACCGAAAGGGUCAGCCUCGACCCCAGCAGCCCGAGCCGUCAGCAGGAAUUGACUCCGCAUACCCCGCGGACAGCGGCGCGCAACCCUACGCGUCGUCCAAUGUCAACGCCCUCGAUAAUACGGACUACGAUCAUCCAGCGUCUCUUUCGGGAGGCACCGACCAUGGCCGCGGCCCCGUCAACGGCGUUGGCGUCACGAUGCACGGGCGGGAUGCCGGACUCGCCGCCGUUGGCGCCGCUCCUCUGAGCGCCGCUGCGCCGAUGGUGGAAGGUAGACCUGCGCCCGUAGGAGGAAGCGCGGGUGGUUGCGGAACUACCCAGACUGUCGGAGUUGCUGGCAGAGCUGCUGGCGGGGCGGCCGCGCCGCCGGCAGCGGAGCUGCUGAAGCUCAUGUCCGCGCUCGCUGCUUUCCCCGCGGCGGCGGCGCAGCUGGGCGCAGCGCUAAACUCCUCCGCCGCGUCGCUCGCGGCCGUUGCGUCGUCGCUCGGCCUGCCUCCGUCAUUCGCCGCGUCAUCGGACGUCCAGCAGGUGCUGAUGCUGCUCACUAAAGGAGGUGCUAAUAACGGGGAUCAAUCGCUGCCUGGUAAUCGACCGGCUGCUCCCGCAUCUUCCGCCGUGCCGUCGGAUAUCUACUCUCUGCUGCAGUCUGGCAACUUCAGCGGCGGCGCGCACAACAGCAUCAGCCCUCAGUGCGGAAGCGCAACACGCGGCGGAACCCUCGGACCUCAACGAUCGGUGGAGUUUAAAUCCGCGGGAGGGAAGGACAACAAGUGGGCGGCUGGUGUGCGGCGCAUGGCGACGAGCUGGGAUGUGGAGGCACCCAUGAAGCCUCCCCCCGUGAUGCGCUUAGAUGAUCUGGAGCUCAGCCUCGGCCUCGGGUAA